CUAAUGCUUCCGAUCAGACGUCUGGAGGUAAGUGUUUCCCGGCUCGGAAGGCGCUUUCUUACAGCUGCUCUGCCCUCAGCUAAACCAGCGCACACCAAAAAGAAAUGGAGGAGAAAAGAAAAAUGGCGGGUUUGCUCCGGCACAUCGCCGCCGCUCUCCUUUUCCUCGUCACGGCCGCUUCGACCGCCGGUGCUUCCACUUAUUACGCCUCGGAUCCCAACCUCGGAUCCGCCCGCGUCAUCUUCCAGUUAAAUCAUGGUGACAUUGAAUUCGGCUUCUUUCCUCGUGUUGCACCUAAGACAGUUGAACACAUUUUUAAACUUGUGCAGCUUGGAUGCUAUAAUACAAAUCACUUCUUCCGGGUUGACAAGGGUUUUGUUGCGCAAGUUGCCGAUGUCAUGGGAGGUAGAAAAGCCCCUAUGAAUAAAGAGCAGGAACAACAGGCAGAGAAAUCAAUUGUUGGUGAAUUUAGUACUGUCAAGCAUGUCAGAGGAAUUCUCUCAAUGGGAAGGUAUUCUGACCCAGACAGUGCCUCCUCUUCCUUUUCUAUCCUCCUUGGUGAUGCUCCCCACCUUGAUGGCCAGUAUGCUGUAUUUGGGAGGGUGACUAAGGGUGACGAUACAUUAAGAAAACUAGAGCGCCUGCCAACCCAUAAAGAAGGCAUUUUUGUAAUGCCAAUUGAGCGCAUUGAGAUUCUGUCGACAUACUAUUAUGAUAUUGAUGUAGAGAGCUGUGAGCCAGAGAAGUCUAUUCUUAAGAGGAGACUUUCUGAAUCAGCAUCAGAAGUUGAGAGAUGGAGACGAAAAUGCUUCGCAUGAUCCAGCGAUUGAGUGCCUUUUUUUUUCCUUUCGGCCUCACUGAGAAGACAUGUGUUUCAAAAGGACAUCCAUAUUACCUCUUCCAGGAUUUAGAGUGCAUGUGCAUUCCAAGGAGAGGGGUCAGACUUGUACUAUGUCCAAAUGCGUUGUACCAUGUAAUUUUUCCAUGAGUUUGAUGUUACUAGGUCUGCACGUUUAGCAUUGUUUCUCUAUGGUGACCAAAAUUUUGUCUUGUACCUAUUUGGCAUGCUUAGCACAUGCAGAACGUGAAGCAUUGGGAAGGUCCUAAUGCAAUCCAAUCGACCGAUAGUCUAAUGGAAAAAAAUCAAUAUUACACAUGUAUGCUUUCCCUGCU